AUGCAAAGACAAGAUCUGAAGAUUAAAUUUUCAGUAUUUCAUCAGCUGGUGGGUCAGAUCUUAUUUGGGUCUGAGAUUGGUAUUUUUCCUCUCUCUGGCAGGAUGCCAAUGCUGAGGGUUUCCAAUUUCAAAGGUGGGACUCCUGAAAUUGUUCAGGCCUGUUACGCCAUUCUUGUUUUGGUUCUUCCUGAUGGACAGGGUAGAACUUGGAGCAACCAGGAACUUGAGAUAGUAAAGGUAGUUGCUGAUCAGGUAGCUGUGGCUCUUUCCCAUGCUGCUGUCCUAGAAGAAUCUCAGCUUAUGAGAGAGAAAUUAGUGGAACAAAACCGAGCACUGCAACAAGCAAAACAGGAUGCAUUGAUGGCAAGUCAAGCACGAAAUUCAUUUCAGAUGGUAAUGAGUAAUGGAUUGAGAAGACCCAUGCACUCCAUUCUAGGUCUGUUAUCCAUUCUGCAAGACGAGAAGAGUUUAAGCAAUGAGCAGCUGCUUCUAGUCGAUGCUAUGAUUAAGACAAGCAAUGUCGUGACAACCUUAAUAAAUGAUGUAAUGGAUACUUCGACAAAGGAUAAUCAAAGGUUCCCUUUAGAGAUGAGAGCUUUUCAGCUACAUUCUAUGGUAAAACAAGCUGCUUGCCUUGCUAAGUGCCUUUGCGUUUAUAGGGGUUGUAAUUUUGUCAUUGAGGUUGAUAAAUCCUUGCCCAACCAUGUCAUGGGUGAUGAGAGAAGAGUAUUUCAGGUUAUUUUGCAUAUGGUUGGAAAUCUUUUGAAUGGAAGCAAAGAAGGGGGCUGCCUUACAUUACGAGUGUAUUUAGCCACUCGAAGUCAGGCAUGGAAUGAUCAAAGAUGGGGUCACUGGGGAUCAAACUCAUCCGAUGGAUAUGCUUAUAUCAAGCUUGAAGUUGGGAUAUUCCAUAAUGGUUCUCCUGCUAAGAGUUCACUUACUGCAAAUCUACAUGGUAGUCAGAGGUACUCUGGUGGAGUUGAGGAAGGCCUGAGCUUCAGUGUGUGCAGAAAACUAGUUCAGUUAAUGCAAGGAGACAUCUGGGUGAUACCAAAUCCAGAGGGCUUUGAUCAAAGUAUGGCGCUUGUUCUACGGUUCCAAACCCGGUCAUCCAUUGUAACCAGCAGUUCAGAACACGGGAGACCUUCAGAACAUCCACAUUCUAACUCUCUUUUAAGUGGCCUCAAAGUUCUAUUAGUUGAUAGUGAUGAUGUGAACCGAGCUGUGACGCGGAAGUUGCUUGAGAAGCUAGGAUGUGUUGUCUCUGCCGUUUCGUCUGGAUACGGAUGCCUUAGUGCUCUUGGUCCUGCAGUAACUAAUUAUCAGAUUGUUCUAUUGGAUCUUCACAUGCCUGAUUUGGACGGCUUUGAAGUAACCAUGAGAGUUCGGAAGUUUCAUAGCCGCAGCUGGCCAUUGAUCAUUGCCUUAACUGCAAGUGAUGAUGAAGAUAUACGAGAAAGAUGCAUGCAAAUAGGAAUGAAUGGCGUUAUUCAAAAACCAGGUUCCUUACAGGGGAUUGCGGGUCGACAGAAGCAUUUGAUUAGAUGA